AUGCCUUCCUGGGCCAUUGUGGGAGCAACGCGUGGAAUAGGGGAGCAAGUCACAAAAGUCAUGACAUAUCUUUAUACUUACCAAAAUGACCAGUCAUCUAACGCGCAGAAUGAAGUCUUUGCUCUUAUCAGGAGCCAGACGACUGCUGGGCCGCUCAAUAAGCUAGCUGCAUCUCGAAAGAAUAUACAUGUACUUGAGACGGAUAUAGGCAAUCCCGCAAAACUGAAGGAGACUGUAGGAGAAAUUGGCAACAUCGGUGGCGGCAAGCUAGAUGUUCUAGUUUACAACGCAUACUUCCACGGGGACUCAGCAGAGCUUAGCCCAAGCGGAUUUACCGGAAGAGAAGAAGAACUUGAAAACCAUUUCUUCGGACCGCUCAAAGUGAACGCAUUGCAUCUCAUCCACACCGUCAAUGUCCUUCUCCCUUUGAUCAAGCAGGGAACGGAGAAGAAGAUUGUCUACAUUUCUUCUGCUAGCGCAGAUCUCGAAUUAACCCGAAUCAGCGAAAUACCUGUUGCAGUGGGCUAUGCGGUAAGCAAGGCCGCAGGAUCAAUAGUCACGACUAAGUAUGCCGCUGAGCUAAAAUCGGAGGGCAUCCGGGCUCUGUCCAUCUCGCCAGGCUGGGUUGAGACAGACGGAGCAAAGGAUAUGGUAACCGCCCCUGGAGCGUUUGAGGCGAUUCUUUCUACCAUGAGGAAGUAUGAUCCGAAUAUUAAUGGAAUGAUUUCACCCAAGGAAUCGGUGGAAUCCAUGCUUUCCGUUAUCAAGGGUCUCGAUGAGAGCAUCAGCGGCAAAUUCCUUUCUCACAAAGGCAACCUCGAAUGGUUCUAG